AUGACCUAUUUGCUAGGCUACAGCGUAAUCUCCGCCGUUAGAUUAGAACCUGAUGGAAUGAGAGGAGUAAUCCUAGGAGGUGAGGGUGCAUUCUUGGAAGGUAUUGAUGCUGAUGGAGGAGGUACCGUUGGUGAUGGUGGUGGAGGUGAAUUUUUGGGUGGUUUUGGCAAUGGUGGAGGUGGGGAAUUCGUAGGUGGGUUGGAUGACAGCGGUGGAGGUGAACUCACUGGCGGAGUUGAACUAGGUGGUGGUGGUGAACUCACUAGUGGAGUAGAACUAAGUGGUGGUGGUGAUGGUGAUGGUGGAGGAUCAACAAGUUAUUUUCCUUCCCUCAAAAAACAAGUUCUUUGA